AUGCGACACGCACUCCACCAGCACCACAUCGACGACCACGCCGACGACGGCGACGGCAACGGCAACGACGACGAGGACGGCGACGACUGCGACGCGGAGGACGUCAGUGACUUGGGUGGCAGUGAUGGAGACCACGAUGGCGGUAACGACAACGGAGAUGACAACGACACGGCACAUCAACUGCCGAUGACGUUGUUCCAUCCGCUGACCAAGAACCAAGCGGUAUUCACUGAGAGCGUGCAAUAA